AUCCUAAUAAUCCUUGGAAUCUUACAGAUAAAUAUUAUCAAGUUAUAGAUGAGAAAAUUAUUUCGAACGUAACCUUUUUUAAAGAACCUGAUGAAUAUACAAAUUUAUUUUCAAAUUAUGCCAACUCUCUUUUAGCAAUGAGUUUAUUUCUAACUGGUGAUGGUACUUUUUUUGAAAAUUGGUCACCUGAAAAUAAUAAAACAAUGAUUGCUUUAAUGCUUUUAUAUUCAUUUAUCAUCGUCGUGUUUCUCAUGAACUUGUUGAUUGGACUUUUAAAUAUGGCAAUUGAAGCAGAUAAAGAUCGAGUAACUUAUAUAGCACAAAAGGCAGAGAUUCUUAAAGAAAUUGAAUUAUUUUAUUUACUUCCGAAUCAAAGACGAAGCUGGAAAUCAUGGUUUCCUGAAUUAAUCUAUUACUACGCCGAUGUUCAAGAAGUGAAGAAAUUAACGGAUGAAGGAAAAAUGGACUCCGAAACAAAAGAAAAUAUUUUAAAUAUCAUUAGAAUAUAA